CCUGUCAGUACACGACAUGGGCCGGAACCUGCUGAUGGACGAGAACCCAGAGGAAGAAACCGAGUUGCUGGAGGGUGAAAACACCAGAGGCCAAAGAGCAGUCUUCGUUCCGCCCAGGUACUGGAAAUACGCCUCGGGUCUCGUGCUGGUGGUACUGGCUUAUGCUGGAAGAGAGUCCUUGCACUGGUCUCGGGAAGGCCUCAAGGUACCUGGCCCUCAGACAGUGAGAAAUGGACCCUCGCUGCCUCAACAGAAAUAUUCAGGUCUCAAUGGCGCCACGGCGCCAAUGCCAAAGAUCCCCGACACUGCUACCGAACACAAUGGCAUCGAAUGGCCGGAGAUGAUCCUCCAUGGCUCGGAAACGAUGACUUUCAUGGUCAUCGGUGACUGGGGCGGAAUGGAUGGAGCUGUGGUGCCGCCAAAUGGCGGGUUGAGGAUGGUUCAAUACAAUGGUGGGAUGGAGGUUGGCCCCCACGUCUUUGCCCACCGCCCCAGUGGCUGCACAGAUGGUGAGAUGUCUAUUUGCUUCAAUGCUCGUGGUGGGAAUGGUUGCAAGCCAAACUGCGGGUAUAACGACAGCGUGGAUUAUGAACCCGGCUUGUUGGUCGCAACCCAAAUGAAGCAGCGAGCUGCCCAAUCGAAGCCCAAAUUCGUCCUUAAUGUGGGCGACAACUUUUACUGGGGCGGCAUCCCGCUGCAGUGCGGUACUUCUUCCAUCGCGGGCGUUCAUCAGAUUACUGGACACAUGUUCGACACCAUCUACAAUCAUGUCUACAACACGGAAGAGUUGAACAUCGCUUGGUUGAGUGUCCUUGGGAAUCACGACUACGGAGGCUGGAUGUAUUCUGCUGCCUGGGAUCAACAGAUUGGCUAUACAUGGCAUAAUCCGAAGUGGCGGCUCCCGGCGCAGUACUGGAUGCAGCACGUGAACUUCCCAGACAAGGGCUUCGACAUGGACAUCCUACUGCUUGAUUCAAACAGUGAGGACGCAGUGCCUUCCACCGUCCUGCAAAACACGAACCUAUGUAGUGCACAGCACAACAGCAACGCCAACUGCGCCUCCAUUGGAGGGCCUGCCAAUCCUGGGGAGUGCCCAGUUUACUUCGCGAAGCUGUGGCAGGAACAGGUCGCAUGGACGGAGAAGAAACUCAACAACUCCAAGGCCAGGUGGCAGGUGAUCGCGCCGUGGUAUCAGAAGCUGCAUGCGCAAUUUGGCUUGGACCUUAUGGUUACUGGGCACACCCAUGUCCAGCUAACAAGUCCAGUUGGAGGUCUCAUGUGCGUGAUCUCAGGUGGUGGUGGGGGCAUCCUGUCUGAGGCUCCAUCCCAUGGAGAUGACAGCAACAGCUAUGGCUUCUAUGAAGUCACGGUGGAUAGGGAUCAUAUGCAGCUGGAGUUAAUCAACUUCGCUGGCCGUUCCUUGGGGAAGUGGCGCUUGCAUUGGCAGAAAGACGCCCCGACCCACCAUGAGGUGGUGGCGGAGAAGCCAAUGGCUGUGCCAAAGCGCCAUCAGACGGCGUUAUCGAGGCCGAGGGAUGCCCUACCAGAACCGGCAGAUGUCGAACCUGCAAAAGACACUCUACCAGGCACUGUUGCCAAAAAGCCUGAGCAGAAGGCCUGUGGCUUCUGGUGCCAGCUCCUUUCGUGCACAGUGCGACUGGUCGCGACGACAACCAUAAGUGACCUGAACCAGGCGCUACUCAGCCAGCACAACAUCGACUUCAGCGACUGCGUGGAGAAAUCUGACCUUCAGGAGCGUUGGCGGAGCUUUUGCACGCAGAAUGAGGUCCCAGGGCGUCAAAGAGCCACGGCCUCGACAGCUCCGAGGGCAGAGGCGCAGAGUUCUCCGCCGGCCAAACCCAGUGCCCAGGUAACGAGCCGGGACCGAGAGGCCCAGGAAGAGGUCUUGAGGAUCCUGCCCUUGCGGCGGGAGGCCUUCCGCACCACUACAGAAUGGGCCUUCACGGUGCUGGGAGCUUCCUGCGAGCCUGGUUCUGUCCAGCGAAGCUACCGAAAUCUCAUGCGGAAGCUGCACCCAGACAAGGUGACCAUCACCGAUGGUGUUGAGAAGACCACGGCCCUUAUCCGUGAAGCCAAGGAUCUCUGCGAGAAGAGCUUCUCCAAGAUUGUUUGUCCUGGAGCUCCUCGUGGCUUGAGGUAUGAGGUGUUGGAUCGUGAGAUGGGGCACCGGCGCUACAGACUACGUCUGCAUCCUAGCAAUGACAAGGCGUGGCGGCAAGGGCUGUUGCUGCCAUUGAACGGAGCUACUUUUGAACCAGUGAAGCCAGGUAUAACUCACUGA